GAACUCAGCGCUUAAUGAGAAUGACGACUGGGCUGCAAAGACACUUGCAUAUGCGUCAACAUUGCGUACUCCCAAUGUUGUCAAAACAGAGGCAAGAACAUUACCUGGUGGUGAACAUGAUCUAUUUAGCGGCACCAAUGUAUGUGUGGUACCAAGUCAAUCUACUUGGAAUAACAGUGAACAAAAUGUAAUUGCUACAGCAGUCACAAUGUCAUCACAAAUUCCAGCAGUGAUAAAUCCAGUUCCAUUUCCAUCUAGUUCCAUGCAAUCGCAAAACACUUUUCCAACUCAAUCUGUUACUGGGGCGUUGAAUCCAUCAUUACAAGUAUCUUCCUCAUCAGCGACCAGUAACUCGCAAGAAGUUCAACAUCCCGUAGAAUCUAGAGUUCGUGACAGAACGGAACCUAUGUCGCUAAGUCCACAUCCGGCAAAUUGGUGCGUCAUUUCUUAUUAUGAGUUCAGUACAAAAGUUGGUGAAACAUUUGCGGUAAGCGCACCUGCGGUCUACAUCGAUGGAGGAGUUGAUCCAUCUGCUCCUGGUCGUUUUUGUUUAGGAUCUCUUUCCAACGUUCAGCGUACUGAUGAAAGUGAACGGUGCAGAAAGCAUAUUGGUCGUGGAAUUCGAUUAGACGUGAAAGGAGAAGGUGAUGUUUGGUUAACAUGCUUGUCGGAUCGACCGGUUUUUGUUCAAAGUUCGUAUCUUGAUCGUGAAGCGGGACGAGUUCCAGGCGAUGCUGUACACAAAAUUUAUUCUCAAGCAACAUUAAAAGUUUUCGACUUACGUCAAUGUUACCAUCAACUACGACAGCAGAAUAUGUACCAGUUGAUAGCGGCAGAAAUACUAAAUAACUCAUCUGAUAAUUCAAGAAAUCCAUUGUUUGGGGUGGAUAGAAAAUCAGCGGAACUUGCCGGUCGUUUAAAUCAGGCUGCAAAUGUUGGUGUCGACGAAUUACGCAACUUGUGCUCUCUAGCAGUAUCUUUUGUCAAAGGAUGGGGACCAGAUUAUGAUCGUAAAUCAAUCAAGGAAACACCAUGUUGGAUUGAGGCAGUUAAGGAAGUCCUUUUUUUGCCAAAUGUUUCUUUUUGUUCCUUGAUACUUUCCGUUCACUUUGUUCUUGUUUUAGCACCUGCAUUAUCUUCACGACAGAAUAAUGCAGAUGCUAAAAAAGGCCAGCUUUUGUACAGAAAUGCACAAAAGCUAAGUCACAUUGCUCUCAACAAUCGAUCAGCAUUUCCCUCAAAGCACAAAGAUGGAGAUAAACGGAAUAAUCUGAAUAUUGCAAUAUUCACUCUUUAUUAUGAAAUGUUACGGGCUACAGGGAACAAUAUACUGGAUAAAUUAAUACAUAUUUGA